UUAACUUCCGGUUUUUGAGCGGGCACAAUGAAUUUAGAAUUAUUGGAGUCGUUUGGACAGAAUCAUCCCGAGGAUUUUGAUGGUGCUUUGGACUGUGUGAGUAUUGCUGUGACGUGCUGCUUCAACAGACAGGGGACGCUUCUCGCCGUCGGAUGUAACGAUGGUCGUAUCGUCAUCUGGGAUUUCCUGACACGCGGGAUCGCCAAGGUGAUCACCGCCCACGUCCACCCAGUGUGCUCCCUCAGCUGGAAUCGAAACAGUCGCCGACUGCUCAGUGCCGGCACAGACAACACUGUAUCCGUGUGGGACAUUCUCACCGGGGAAAGUAUCAAGGUUUAUCGCUUCCCGUCUCCUGUCCUCAAAGUUCAGUUUCACCCUAGAGACAGCAACCUUUUUCUGGUUUUUCCCCUCAAACAUGCCGCUGUCAUGAUGACGCUCAAUGGAUCUUAUGAAAUGGUUCCUCUUGAUGAUGAUUCUGAUCUCAAUAUUGUGGGGUCAUUUGACCGGAGAGGAAAAUACAUUUAUACAGGAAAUGCGAAAGGCAGGAUUUUAGUAUUAAAAGCUGACGACCUUGAACUUGUGGCAUCUUUCCGAGUGACGACGGGCACACUGAACACCACAGCAAUUAAAUCUAUAGAGUUCGCUCGCAGAGGAGAAUGUUUUCUUGUCAAUUCUGCCGACCGAAUUAUUCGAGUGUAUGAGAGUAGAGAGGUUCUUGCCUGCAGUAAAGAUGGUGAACCGGAACCCAUACAGAAACUCCAGGAUCUUGUCAACAAAACGUUAUGGAAGAAGUGUUGUUUCUCGGGGGACGGGGAGUAUGUUGUCGCUGGGUCGGCACGGCAACACUCACUCUACAUCUGGGAGAAAGCUGUCGGCAAUCUGGUGAAGAUUCUUCAUGGAACUAAAGGGGAAUUACUCUUGGAUGUGGUGUGGCAUCCUGUUCGGCCGAUCAUUGCCUCAAUAUCCAGUGGUCUCGUGUCAAUCUGGGCCCAGAACCAAGUGGAAAACUGGAGUGCAUUUGCCCCUGACUUUAAAGAACUUGAUGAAAACGUUGAGUAUGAAGAACACGAAUCUGAGUUUGAUAUUGAAGAUGAAGACAAGGAGAAAGAAGAAAUGAAAGGUCCCGAUGAUGAAAACACUGAAGUGGACGUCACCACAGUGGAAGCCAUUCAGGCGUUUGUCAGCAGUGAUGAAGAUGACGAGGACGCGUCUGCUCUGCUCUAUCUUCCUGUGUCUCCCGAGAUUGAUGAACCGGAGGAGGGCUGGCCGGCAGUAGGCGAACAGAGGUUUCCAGUUCCAUUGCCUACGAGGACAUCAGAGGAUCAGCCUACACCACCGGAAAAGAAAAGGCACAGUUCGGAGCAGACAUCUGUCAAAAAGAAGAAAAUUAAACCAGUCGACAUAGACCUUCCUGAAGCUCCUCUUGAUGAAAUUCAUCCCUUUUUGAAUGUGAAGAAAUCACAGGAGAAAUCCCAGUCUAGAAAACCGAGACCAUCGAAGCCGAGAUCAUCAAAACCUGAGAAGUCAAGACACAGAGAACGAGACGGCUACAAGGAAAACAUAUGAAGCAUGAAGAUACUGUUUGUGGAUGGUGGACAUACUGUGAAGAAAUACUUGUGGUCAAGCGGGACUGGUACAUAACACACACUGACCACUGUAUAUAGUAGUGUCUAAUACCAUACACUGACCGCUGUAUAUACAGGCCCUAAUCUUGCCGGUGAAAUGAGUGCUUUUUUCACCGAAAGUCCGCUCAAGUCACCAAGUUAUUAGCAGUAGUGAGAAGUCGAAGUCGCCGUAAUAUUCUGGAUCUAAUCCAGAUUUCAAAAACAGGCAUCAAGACCCUGACUUGUUUAUUGUCAGAGCUCACUUGGCACCUUGUCGCGGUAUGUCGGACAGUGUUUAUACUUUGGUGUCAGAAGGUAUCCUCGAGUAACCGUGAACCAGCAUAUUAACAGGAAAUGGUUUAUACCAUGCACACUGUAGUCUUUUACCUUGUUCAGUUUAUUAUCAAAAUCAACCAACAAAUGUUAAUACUCAUGCCAGUUUCUGUUAUGAAGAGGUUAAAUACAUGUAGUAUAAUGUGGACAUUCUUCAGAAACGUCAGUGACCAGUAAACUGGGCUAUCGUUUUUUUAAAGUGCUACGUGUUACGCCACAUGCUGUGACCAGUCAAGCAUUGUUAAUCCUCGACCACAUUAAUUUCAAUAAUGUAAAAAAAUACUAAUUAAUACUUUAAUUUUAACAUAAUGGCACUUAAUACUUACACAUUUUUAAUGAAACAUAUAACCGUUUUGCUUAAACUUUAUUACCGGAAGUAGUAUUUAAUAUGGAAAUAUUACAAUUAGAAACAAGAAACCUGAUUGAACACGGAAACUGACGAAAUGUUAUGAAAUGUACCGAUAAAUGUCCACUUCACCUAUUUUUAUCAAACUUCUCCCCUUUCUUCUCCUACCUUUUCAGUUCAAGAUUAGGGCCUGUAUAUAGUAUUGUGUCCAAUACCACGACUGUGUGUCGAUUUACAUAGAGAAAAAGUGCUGAAUAGAACUAUUGUAACACACAUUAAUGAAUUCGCAAUUCAUUCUGCUGAUGUGCUACUUCGGUUUUCACCAGGAACAAAAUCAAGGCAAGUAGAGGUUCACUUUUCUGAAAUAAUGUCAGGAGAGAAAUCACACGGUUUCAGAUAAAAUGUUUUUCAAAUUUGAUUGCAAGGUGAUCAGUUUGCAGCCAUGUUAAAACAUUCCAGGUGAAUGUAAAGGAGAGCGAUGAAUGCUACUUUGUGUUUUGUCUGCCUAUCAAUAGUAAUAAAGAAAGCUGAGGGAGGGAGAGUAAUUGUUAUUUUAAGUAAAGCUGGGCGGUAUUGAAAUUUAAGGUUCAGUAUCAGUAUUUUUUGGGCAAUUUACCUCGGUAUCAUUACGGUAUUCGGUAUGGACACAAUACCGAUAACGAUAUCGAGCAGUAUUUUCGGUAUACUCAGCUUUAAAUGCAUGUUUAAGUUAAGGCUCACCCUCUAACUUCAUCUAAAUAAAAUAAAAUUACAUACACAAGGCUCUCCUCUCUCUCUCUCCUUUUCAGCCAUUUUGCAUAGUGCUUUACUAAAUGGCGGGAAACAUUUUUCAAUACCGAAAUUUCAGUAUUUGGAGAUUUGCUCGGUACAGUAAAUCGGUACUGACAGGAUACCAAUACCAAACGGUACAUACGGUAUACUGCCCAGCUCUAAUUGUGAGGGAUGCAGGAAUAGGACCCGUGAAUUACAAAUAUGUUUAUCCUCCUAGGCAGACAAAAAAAGCUUUGAAAGACUACCGUUUGAGUAGACUCUUCAUACUGGUCACACAGCAGUUAUUGGUCCCAUUUGUAGAUAUGUCAUCCUUAUCUAUAGGUCAUCCUUAUCUAUAGGUCAUCCUUAUCUAAACUUGAUUCACAUGUUGUCAAAUAUUAUUGUGUACAUUUUGUAAAUAAAAAGUAAAAAAAACACCUAUAAAA